ACGCAACAGAUUAUUUGGAACGGUGACUCAACUGUUCGGCAAACUAGCCAAAUAGCUCGUUUUUAUUUACUGAAAAUGACUCGCCGGCUAGUAAUGUUGGCUAGCUGUAGGCUAAUUUACCAAAGGAGCGUUUAUCUAUCGUUAGCUGGCUAUGUUGGCUAGCCAACGAACGUACCUGGUAAAACUGGAUGUUAGUAAGCUUGGUGAUACUCAGAGUGGAAGCUUCACCUCCUCGUCCUCAGACAUGUCAGGCCCGGUCCCCAGUCGAUCCCGCGUCUACCCUGAUGUAAACACACAGAGACCAAGGGAGUACUGGGACUAUGAGUCACAUGUGGUUGAAUGGGGGAAUCAAGACGACUACCAGCUGGUGCGAAAACUCGGCAGAGGCAAAUACAGUGAAGUGUUUGAAGCCAUAAAUAUCACAAACAACGAGAAAGUAGUCGUCAAAAUACUCAAGCCAGUAAAAAAGAAGAAAAUCAAGCGAGAGAUUAAGAUUCUGGAAAAUCUGCGAGGCGGCCCCAACAUCAUCACACUUCUAGACAUUGUUAAGGACCCUGUGUCACGGACGCCAGCACUAGUUUUUGAACAUGUCAACAACACAGACUUCAAACAAUUAUAUCAGACGUUAUCAGACUACGACAUUCGGUUCUACAUGUACGAAAUCUUAAAGGCGCUCGACUACUGCCACAGCAUGGGGAUCAUGCACAGAGAUGUCAAACCGCACAACGUAAUGAUCGACCAUGAACACAGAAAGCUUCGUCUGAUAGACUGGGGCUUAGCAGAGUUCUACCACCCCAGCCAAGAGUACAAUGUUCGAGUCGCAUCCAGGUACUUCAAGGGACCUGAACUGCUGGUAGACUACCAGAUGUAUGACUACAGUUUAGACAUGUGGAGUUUAGGUUGCAUGCUGGCCAGUAUGAUCUUCAGGAAGGAACCUUUCUUCCACGGGCACGACAACUAUGAUCAACUUGUACGAAUCGCUAAAGUACUGGGCACAGAAGACCUUUACGACUACAUCGACAAGUACAACAUUGAAUUGGACCCCCGGUUCAAUGACAUUUUGGGAAGGCACUCUCGGAAGCGGUGGGAGCGAUUCGUGCACAGUGAGAACCAGCACCUGGUCAGCACCGAGGCCUUAGACUUCCUGGACAAACUUCUGCGCUAUGACCACCAGGCCCGGCUCACUGCCAGAGAAGCCAUGGAGCACCCCUACUUCUACCCCAUUGUGAAGGACCAGGGGAGGCUCAGCUCGUCCUCAGGACUGUCCACUGCCAACACCCCCGUCAGCUCCUCCAGCAUGAUGGCGGGUAUUACAUCCAUGUCUGCAACUCAGCCCAUCGGCAACAUGGCCGGGUCACCAAUCAUCUCCUCUCCCAACACACUGGCCACACAAGUCCCAGCAGCCACUGGAGCGCAGCCCUGAACUCAACCUCUCGGACCCUCCCCGCUCUUCCCCCCCCCCCCCCCCUACAGAUUUGGGACAGGCCUGGCAGGCAGGCCCGCCCGCCUGGGCACUGUUUUUAUUUUUAUUAUGUUGACCGUAACGAAACCGCAACAAAAAAUAAAAAAAUUAGGUUCCGUUUUUUUUCUUUCCUCCUCUUUUAUUUCCUGUUCAAUAAUUAUAUAUUGAGGUCCGGACACAUGACAGAAAUGUUGUUGGCUUGUGUGCCUGGAUGAAGUGUUGAGAUGUAGCUGCGUUCUCAUGAUGACUGUGUCUAGAAAUGCAUCUACAAUGUAGAAAAUUCAGAAGAAAAUGGAUAAUAAAAUUAUUUUAUAUGUCCCUAAAAGUACAUUCUGGUGUGAAGCGGUUUUAUAAGGAUGUUUUUUUAUGUUUUCCUGUUUGAUUUUCUAAUUCCCUUUGACUCUCACAAAACCCAUUCACAUAGAUGGUGCUACACUACUCCAUUUGGCAGUUUUUUUUUUUGUUUUGUUUUUUUUUUCCUCCCCUUGUAGUUUCACAUUCCAUGUAGUUUAUUGGUCAGGAUCUGUUGUGAUUUUCACUAGGUCACCAGUUUUAGGUAUAUUGGUAUUUCUGAAUUGGAGUAAUUUUUUUUUUUUUUCUUUAAUAUAAAUCAGGUACCCACGAGAAACAUACUUCUGUAUAAUCACAAAAGCAUGGAGUUCUCUGUGCUCGACAGAAGGUAGGGUGCCAUGGUCAAUGUAUAUUUUUCUAGUAAAUUUUAAUGUGUGACAUUGUUAUUACUGUAAACCACACCAGUUUUCACCUAUGGAAUAAAGCUUAGUCACAGUGCAGACUACUGUCCUGGCCAUGUUAGCAGCCAGAUUUCAGUGGUCUUAAUUUGAACCUCAAAAGGUUUUCAGAUAUUUGAAAGUUUCUGGAAAUGUACACUUUGUUCUGUAAUGAUCAAAUACUGUUAAUUUACUGAUUUACAACGGGUGUGUUGGAAUUUAGUAUGUUUGUGUAUAUAUUUAUAGGUGCAGUAUCUUCUGUCUAGGACAGGCUUACAGAUCUAAAAUGGAAUGGUUUGUGAAAGGUCAGUUUUAUAUAGUUUGUUUUAUAAACCACCUUCAUAAGAAAAUACAUUGAUUCAAUUGCA